GGUCUCUACCUCCCUUCACCCCUUAUCCUUUCCGACACCCCAACACCAGGUAGGAGAGAAAGCAUCUGUGGAACCCUCCACUCUGUGGACCAGUACCUCAAUAUCAAGCUCACCGACAUCAGUGUCACAGACCCUGAGAAAUACCCUCACAUGUUAUCCGUCAAGAACUGCUUCAUCAGAGGCUCAGUCGUCCGCUACGUGCAGCUGCCAGCAGAUGAGGUGGACACACAGCUGCUGCAG